UUGGCGCUCCAACAUUUGGGGUAGCUAUUGAUCGCUUCCCUUAACUAAACUCCGAAGCUGCCCCACUCUUCACUUCUGCCUUCUCUCACCGCCAACCAUUUUCCAUCCUCAAUUUCCCCAACUCCAAAUCUCUGCUUUCAUGUCAAUUAACCAUAACAUUUCUUCCAUUUCCCUCCUUCCCCUUCUUUUUUUCCUUCAAUCAUGCCCGGAACUAUCAAACUUUCAGGUUAUUUUCUCCCAUUUCUUAUCUUUAUCGCCAUUACUUUUCCUUCUUCUUCAUCCUUCAUUUCCAUUUCUUUCAGUUCUGGAGUUCAUCGACCUUCCCGAGCUACUGCCUUCUCAAAUUUCGAUUAAGGUUUCCAUGGGGAAAAGACAUUACGAAACUUCGGAUAAAGGAGAUUUCUCAUUUCCAUUGACAACUCUGCGAGAUGAUGUGAUUCUUAUAGUUCAGGAUGGUGGGGGGAAUGAGAUAUCACGUGCAGGUGUUCAGGCGAAAUCAAUAGUUGAGAAGGGUUAUUGGGAUGAUCUUUUUCCUCUUGAAGGAGGCGGCCGUGUGCAUUUGCAGUUCCAGUUUUCUCUUAGUGAAGAUGACCGCAGUCGAAUUCGAAUUAUGAGAGAGACAGCUUUGAGAAGAAAACAAGUUGAGCGUCAAGAUAGAAAUCUCAGAAGCUCAGGAAGCAACACUGCGUCAUCUUUUUACCUCAACCCUGAGCUCUCAGAUUCUCAAAAUUGUCUUCUUCAAAUUGGGGAUCUAAGUGCUAAAGGACCAGCUCAACAAUCUCCAUCAACAUCAACUGAAAAUAUCCCUGAUAAGAAACCAGUUACUGAAAAAAUAAACAAUGUUCAACUUGAUCAGAAUGAUGCAGAUAGAAGUAAGGAUAAUCUAUUGACGAUCCCUCAGUUGCAAAAUAUUGAUGCUAAUAAGCCAAAGGUAAAUAACACUGUAUUAGUUGAGAGGAUAGAGACACAGUCACCUCAUGCAAACAAACGUUCACCGACCAUUCGUUCCCAAGAAAACUUGUUCAAUUCUCAAGGCUCAGAGUUAUCAAAUUCUUCAUCAAAAGGUGAAGAGAAGACCGAUGCUACGGAGACACCAUCACGUAGGAGAGCUCCCGGCAAUGUUAAAAAAUUAUUGAGUGCCUUUGAAAGUAGCCUGACUCAGGAUACAAAACCUCGCAUUAAACCUACCUUAAGAAAUGCUCAACAUAGUGUGGUAGAAAAGCAAACAUCUUUGAAAGUUAAUCAGUCGAAGAAACCCUCCGAGGAUAAUACCAAGCCUAUACUGUCGCAAAUGCCAAUUGGCCCUCCGCUUGCACGUGAGAUGACCCAUGACUUGGCAGAUAUCAAGCAAAAGGAACAGAAACGUAAGUUCAUUGAGGCUCCAUAUGGGGCUAAAUUAUUUGAAGCCCCUGGGAAAUCACUAAAGUUAAAGGGGAAAAAGAAUCAAGUUGGUGGAGAAAAUUUGAUUGAGAAGGAUAAAAUGCACAAAGAGCGUGAUGAUAUAGAUGCAAAGAAUGAUGAAUCUUAUCAAAAGUUAGUGCCUGAGAAGCUGGACUGUGAUAGAAAUUCGUUAACGGGUGAAUCAGUGUCACGUGUCAAAGACGAGCAAUUUCCUUCCAAAAGGUCUGGUGGCUGGAUAUUUCCAGAUGAAAGAAGACGGUUGUGUGUCACGACAAGUGAUAAUCAGAUACAAGAUCUGGCGGGUGGAGGACGCGUUAGCUAUACAUUCAUCCGUAAAGGGGAAAUGAAGAUUUCAACGGAAGAGAGCAGAGGUACCUCAGAAACGAAGGCAAAUGGGGGCAAGGGUGAACAUCAAGAAAUGAUCAAACCAGAUAGUUCAGAUGAUGAAAAACCCUUUGAAGGAGCACUUGCCAAUGCCCUAAAAAUUGCAAUAAUGGUUGGGUUCGGGACUCUGGUUCUCUUUACUAGACAAAGGAAAAAGAAGAAAUAACCAGCUGGGUGAAGGAUCCAUACAAAUCCUAUUCAAGGGGAUGGAAACUGUUGCUUCCAUAAACUGCAAACUAGUUUUUCUUCUCCCAUUCUUUUUUCUUGACCAUAUAUGCAAUAUUAACAAAUUUUGAUCUUUCAUACAGAACACGUCAUUGAUGUACUUGCAAUUUCUUUCCUCACCCUCAUUGUAUAAAUUUUGUUCUUAUUUUAAAUAAAUCAACUUUAUUUUCUGA